UGUGUGGACGUUCUCCAGGGUGAUGGAGAGCAAUAGCUAAAAGUGUUCGCCUUUUUUGUGCUCUGUGUCUAGCACAGCAAUGGCCGGUAUACGGAGAGUAAACGCAAAGUUGUCUGGGGUCAACCCCGUGAUCAGUUGCUCUCGCUUGCGUGAAGUUCAAGCCCUGCUCUGUGAAGGAGGCCCUGUCUGUCCAGAUGGCAUCUUGUGCUCUCUUGGAUUAGACAGCAGAUUUAAUUUGGGAUGCAGUGAGCUGGCAAAAUACCUUUUCUUCGGACUCUAUGAGUGGAAUCUACCAAACUUGGAGCAUGCCCUUGAUGAUUUACCUGAAGAAAUGCAGGAUGAUGUGAUCAUCCUGAUAAAGGCAGAGUCUGUCCAUCUAUACUGCAACCCCCUGAACUAUAGUUACCUGUUGCCCUACGUUUCACACUGGAGGAACCUGCAUCUGUACUGCAUGACAGAGGCUGAGUAUGAAGAUGAGGAAGCAGCAGAGGAAUUCAAAAUCUCCAGCUUUGUGACAAUGGUGCAGGAUUGCCAGCAGAUUGGAGUGGCUUACAGCUGCCAGGGUAGGCCUUUUCACAUUUUAUUCCCUCAGUAAUUACACACAAGAAAGUGUUGGAUGAUGUCUGAAGUUUUCAUACACCUCUUUAAUCUUUUUAAGAAAAACUUAUAGGAAUUAUAUUAUAGUCUGCUAUUUUCCUGACAGAAAGAAACAGAUAAUUGAAAAUGGAAGGAAAUUUUCUCAAAAUGAAAAUCUAACAGUCUGCGAGUGUUACAAAAUGUAAUGCGUCCUGACGUCUAGUCACAAGCCUUAUGUUCUACUCAGAUCGGAGCUUAAUGGGGGAUGGUGACGUCAUCAGCGAAAAAUUUAAAUGAUUAUAUCUUAAAAAGUAAAAUAGCACAAAUAAGUACCUGGCAUGUCCUUUUAAGGCUUUCCUUUUUAGGAUCAGCCAUGUGUUGAAUUUCUAAUCAUUUGACUUUUCCUGUUAGAUCAGUCUUCUGUUUUCCUUCUUUUUUCUUGGCACUUGAAUAGCCCAUAUGAUCCCAUAUUGUCCGGACAGCGGCUACAGAUUGAUUUUAAAAUAGAAAGUUUUCAAUGAGCUUUUUACCUUUUUCCUUGACUUUUAUGAACCUUUUCGAUCAGAUCCCAGAGGGGUUUGUUUUUUUAAUAUGGGGGGAACCCGGAGUACCCGGAGAGAACCCACUAAAGGGGGGGCAGACUAAGUAAAAGAGACAAAAUCAAAUCAGAUGGGACAAAAAAAGAA